AUGAAAGAUAAACUGGUUUCUGGUUUUGACUCUUUUGAAAAAUCUAAUUCAAGCCAGACAAAAUCCUCUAGAAACACAACAAAUAACAAAGAAUUAGAAGAAGCUUUUUCAAAGGAUGGCAUUCCUAUUUCUCCAGUCUUGCAUACGUGCAACUCAUUUCAGUCUCCAGAAGUAAAUUUUGAAAAUUUAAAUUCUGAUUAUGAUGCUAGUACAACGAUUUUAUCUUUUCAGUCGCCUGAUUUAAUUUAUUCAUCAACUCCGCUUAAAAAACAAUCUGUCGGUCCUUUAUCGUCUGAGUAUUAUUUGAGUGCUAAUAUUGGAUUAAGAUUACAAGAUAAAUUCAGAAAAUUAAAAUUUGAAUUUGAAUCUGAAAAUUUCGAUGAAAACGAAAAUGGUGACUUUAAGAUCCCACCAAGGGUUUCUGAGCCCUGGAAUAUUAAAGGGGCUAAGCCAGCAAGAAUUAUAGAUCGAGAAAAUUGCUGCAGUAUAGAAUACGAAUCCAAAUCUAAUCAAAAAAUAAAAUGCUGCUGUAGCCUUAUGUAA